AUCUUAAGUUACGUCAAGGAAAAUAUAGCGAGUACAUCUUCUAAUACAACUGUAUCAUAGUGGAUAUCACUCAAGACGGAUAUCUAAAAACUAAGAAAUAUGUUUUGGUUACUUCUUGGUUUGUUAUUUAUAAUAUUAUAUUUGUACAACUACAAGAAAUUAAAUUAUUGGACUAACAAAGGUGUUAAGCAAAAAAAAACGUUUUUGUUGUAUGAGUUAUAUAAAAUGUUUUUUAUGAAAAAAUCAUUUGUGGAACUUUUACAAGAUACAUACAAUGAAUUUCCAGAUUCAAGAUACAGCGGUAGUUUUCAAUUGUAUAGUCCAUUACUGGUAUUGAAAGAUUCCGAGUUGAUAAAGCAGAUAACAGUAAAAGACUUCGAGCAUUUUACCGAUCACAUAAACCUUGUUCCGGAAGGUAUUGAACCACUUUGGACCAGUAAUUUAUUUGCUUUGAAAGGUGAUAAAUGGCGAGAUAUGCGAGCUACCCUAAGUCCUGCAUUUACAAGUAGUAAAAUGCGAGCAAUGUUUGCUCUAAUGUCCGAUUGUGCCCAAGAAGUAGCCAAAUAUUUUGAAAACCAUCAAGGAGAAAGUAAAUCCAUUGAGUUAAGGGAUUUAUUCACAAGGUACACUAACGACGUUAUAGCAACUUGCGCCUUUGGAGUACAAUGUAAUUCAAUUAAACAAAGGAAUAAUGAGUUUUACUUGAUGGGAAACUUGGCUACAGAUUUUACGGGUAUUUGGAAGAUUACGAAAUUGUUGAUAUACAUGAUGUUACCGAAAUUGAGUAAAAUACUUGGGUUUUCGUUCUUUGAAAAAAGUGUAUCAAUAUUCUUUCGUCGAAUUAUUAAAGACACCAUAAAAAUGCGAGAAGAAAAUAAUGUUACACGACCGGAUAUGAUUCAUUUGUUAAUGGAUGCUAGGAAAGGUCAAUUGAAUUAUGACGAGAAUAUAGCUAUCCAAGAUGCUGGCUUUGCCGCAGUUGAAGAAUCGGAAAUUGGAAAGACCGUUAAAAAAGUAAAAGACGUAAUUACAGACGAUGACAUAACGGCUCAAGCAUUAAUUUUCUUUUUUGCUGGAUUUGAUUCUGUUGCAACAUUAAUGGUCCUCAUGGCUUACGAAUUGGCUGUUCAUCCAGAUAUUCAAGAAAGGCUACAAAACGAAAUAGAUAUCGUUCUCGAGGAGAACGAUGGAAAGAUAACUUAUGAUGCCAUCAACAAAAUGAAAUAUUUGGAUAUGGUUACUUCUGAAACUUUGAGGAAAUGGCCGCCAAAUAUAGUCAUUAAUCGAGUUUGUGUAAAACCAUACACGAUUCCAGCAGUUUUACCAGACGAAAUUCCAGUAACUCUUCAAGUUGGAGACGCUAUUUCUGUGCCAGUUUAUGGUAUUCACAGAGAUCCAAAAAAUUAUCCUAAUCCUGAAAAGUUCGAUCCCGAACGAUUCAACGAUGAAAACAAAGUUAACAUUGAAGCGUACACGUAUCUGCCAUUUGGUUCUGGACCAAGGAAUUGUAUUGGUUCAAGAUUUGCACUAAUAGAAACGAAAGUUGUUUAUAUUCAUUUACUUGCAAAAUUCAAUAUUGUUGUAACUGAGAAAUCGGAGAUACCUGUAAAAUUAUCCAAGACAGGCUUCAAUUUUAAUUCUAAAAACGGUUUUUGGUUCGGUUUGAAACUUAGGGAUUCAUAAGUUCAUAAGCGAUACAAUUGUAUUUUAUAUGUCACUAAUAUACGUUUACGUCACGUAUACAUUUUAUUUAAAUAUAGAUUUGGUCU